CUUGCAUCAUUAGAACUGAGUCCGUGUGAAUCCAGUGAAUACCACAGUCCAGCUGCUCCACCUCCUCCUUAGAAAAGCAUCCUUAUCCAGAGGAAAUCACCAAAGUCCUAUUGGAAUUCAAAACAGGAAAGGCGAACAUUCUUCUGCUAUGGUGAUCGUCUCACUUCCUGUUCCCACACGCUGCAUUAAUCGUUUGCAUCCAGUUGCCAAAUACGGACCGAGGCCCGAUUAGCAGUGAGGAACGCUCGGGGCUCGUUCUGGGGCCGUCCUCCGGCCGGACGAGUUGCCGCCAGGAGAGCGUGUCUCGUCAAGUCCACACAAACGAAACAACCCUCUGAUGUGGGAGGAUUUAGCAAUGAGGGGUAAACGCGGAAAAGGGCUCGAAUCGAAAGAGACGCGAGGAACAGAGGAUUCCUUGGCAGCGUGGUGGUCGGAUCACGGCGCCUCCAGCCUCCGUGGACCUGGCUCAUCCACGUGUUGGUGGAGAAGCUCUGGGGGAGAAGCCGGUCCUCCAAAGGCUGGAGGGAGAAGCCUGAUCCGGAGCCAGGAGCUGAACUUCUGUUCUGUUGGUGUAACACAACUCCCACAGCACGGCCCAACAGCUCUCCCUUCACGUCAGAAGGGAAGAAUAAACUAUAUGGGUCAAUAUCUACCUGCUAAUUUGCAUGAGGUCACGUGACUCUGCUGCAUUAAACGCUAUGCUUUUAUCUCUUUACGCCUCAGAGUGCAGUUUGUCUUCCGCCCUCAGGUUUCUUGCGUUCAAACAAAAACUUUCCUCACCGGCUCUGACAAUGUGCUCGUUCUGCAGCUUCAAAUGCUGGUUUAUUUUCUUCAAUUCCAUCUUCUUGGCGUCUGGGAUCGCGAUCAUCGUCAUCGGAGCGCUGCAAUACACGACCUACUCGCAGAUGAGCACCUUUGCAGGCAGCUCGCUGUCUAAGAUCGCCAUAGUCCUCAUGGCCAUCGGCGUGGCCAUCGUCCUCGUCUCCCUCCUCGGCCACGUCGGGGCGUUCGCCAACAACUUCUCCAUGAUGGCCUGCUUCAUUUGCAUCCUGAUACUGAUCAUCCUGCUGGAGGUUCUCACCGGAGCCGCCUUCUACAUGUUCAUCAGAAGGAUCCCCUUCCUACAGAUGAACAGCGCUAUCAACAGCAGAGCACGAGACUUCAUGUCUGACUACAGCCCAGAAAACAGACUGUCCAUUGACAGAAUGCAGCAAAAGUUCAGAUGCUGUGGUGCUGACGGAUACACCGACUGGUACAGCAGUGCCAGUUGGGGGAAAUCCACUGCUGUGCCCGAUUCCUGCUGCAUAGCGCCGAGUGAAGGCUGCGGACAGCACAAAGAGAAAAUACACACAAAGGGCUGCAUCACGGCCAUUAAGCUCUUUCUGCUGAAAAACCUGGUGUGGGUCAGUGCCGUCUGCAUCGCUCUGGGCAUCGGAGAGGUGUUUGGAGUUCUAGUCGGAGUGUGCGUUUGUAUAAACAUAAAACGAAAGCAAUAUGAAAAUCUGAGCUAAUGCGUGGACAUGUUAAAGCCCAGCGCGUCGUCCAGCAUCACUAAUAUGUUUUGCUAUUUGAAUAUGGCUAAUAAAUGGGUGAUCAAC